AUGGGUCACGAAGAUGCCGUUUACCUGGCCAAGCUCGCCGAGCAGGCUGAGCGCUACGAGGAGAUGGUUGAGAACAUGAAGAUCGUUGCCUCGGAGGAUCGCGAUCUGACCGUGGAGGAGCGGAACCUUCUGUCCGUUGCCUACAAAAACGUCAUUGGCGCCCGCCGAGCGUCGUGGAGGAUCGUCACCUCGAUCGAGCAGAAGGAGGAGUCCAAGGGCAACUCUUCGCAGGUCGGCCUCAUUAAGGAGUACCGCACUAAGAUCGAGCUUGAGCUCGCCAAGAUCUGCGAGGAUAUCCUGGAGGUCCUUGACAAGCACCUGAUUCCUUCGGCGAAGAGCGGAGAGUCCAAGGUCUUCUACCACAAGAUGAAGGGCGACUACCACCGGUACCUCGCCGAGUUUGCUGUUGGCGACAAGCGCAAGGACUCCGCAGACAAGUCGCUCGAGGCCUACAAGGCUGCCACCGAGGUCGCCCAGACGGAGCUGCCUCCCACUCACCCCAUCCGACUUGGUCUCGCCCUGAACUUCUCCGUGUUCUACUACGAGAUUCUAAACGCCCCCGACCAGGCCUGCCAUCUUGCCAAGCAGGCUUUCGACGAUGCCAUUGCUGAGCUUGAUACCCUGAGCGAGGAGAGCUACAAGGACUCGACCCUCAUCAUGCAGCUGCUCCGCGACAACCUGACGCUCUGGACCUCGUCCGAGGCCGAGCCGACGGCUUCGACUGGUCAUGCCGAGGCUGCCCCGGCUGCCGAGGAGAAAGCGGCUGAGCCUACCGGCACUGCGGACGAGCCGAAGGCUGCCGAGUAAGAUUCGUAAUCCCUGGUGUCGCGGCCAGCAAUUCAUUGGUUGAAAUUCCGGUGAAAAUGGUGUCUCUGGAGUGUGGACUGGAAGAAUUCCCGUGGAGCCCUGUCAUCUUUUUUUACUUAUCUUGCCUCUCUUUCCCCCUCACUCAUGCGAAUACACAGAUAAAGACUUGGGCGCUUCCAUUCAUCCAGCAACGGAUAAAAAGACGAGCAUUUUGGAGGCCACAUUCAGACUGCUUGUUUUCUUUUUUUAGACUCUAAUGCUGUGGAAGGAUCGCCUGGACAAUAAAUUCCCAAAAUUCCGAUUCCCAUCAUGCC